AGAGCUUUUGGAAUUGAUGAGGAGCAAGUGGCGGCCAUGGUCAAUUUCAUACAGGUGCCGAAACAGGAAGACUGUACCCCGGCCACGGUGAGGGUUGGCAAAGAUAACGUUACUAUUCUAGCUGGAAAAGCGGUUCAAGUAUGGUGCAGGGUACCCCAAAACUUUGACACCUCUGACCUCCUUGUUCUGUACGAACCUGUUGAAGAUAAUGUUGCCCUAAGACAUCUGAGUAUAGGAGAGGGACUCCUGAAGGUUAACAACACACCGAGACCCUAUGUUAAGAUUCCUAUAUCCAACCACUCAAAAGAUGAUGUGUUCCUGCCAAGACGCACAGCUCUGGGGACAAUCCAACAUGUCACCAAAUUAAUAGAAACAAAAGCACCAGCAACCACCUCACAUCAACCUAACCCCGUCACAAGAUCGGCCACAGGGAUAGACAAAACCACCCCUCCUAGUGAUCCUCUUACUGAGCUCUGGCUGCCGCCAGUUGACCUUAGCCACCUCAGUCCAGACCAACAAAAGUCAGUUGAAAAGGUGUUAGUUGAAGAGUGUCGAGCAUUCUCUCGUGACAGUGGCGAUAUAGGAUGUAUUCCCUCCCUACAAAUGGAAAUCAGACUUAAAGACGACACACCAGUCCAAAGAGCCUACGCAUCCAUCCCAAAGCCCCUCUACAGAGAAGUGAAGGAGUACAUCCAAGAACUGUUAGGUAAGGGGUGGGUGGUAAAAUCUCGGUCCCCCUACGCAGCCCCUGUCAUCUGUGUUAGAAAGAGGGAUGGAUCUCUACGUUUAUGUAUUGACUACCGCCUCCUGAAUAGCAAAACUGUUCCAGAUAAACACCCACUCCCACGAAUCCAGGACCCCGCUGUCAAGCCACAAAAGGGAAAUAGAAGGUCCAAGGAAAGGUCGACGGCUCCUGAUCACUUCCAAAACCCAGAAAUCAGGGACUCAGAAGAUGGUGCACCUUUCUAUUGGUGUUGUACUCCUGUUGACUAUUCUCGAAUUGAACAUCCGUAUACACCGGAGCAAGAACGAUGCAUUGAUGCAGAAGAGGAACAGAUGACCAACAUGGAAAAUGUGGAAGGCACGAACUUACCUCUGUCGGAUGAUGGCCAGGGAGAACCCCAGUUCCAUGAGGAAAUGGGGAGUCAAGAGUCCAGCCCCCAACCAGCAUCAAGUUUUGGGCCAGAACAGGACUCAAGUCUAGAGGAAUCACCCCGCUGGAGGCAGCUCACCAGGCAGAGACGACCAACGAGGAUAUUCACUUAUCCAUCUCUGGGUCAGCCAGACUAUUGUCCUUGUCCAACGGUGAACACAGUCAAUGUCCAGCCGGCAAUGUAUCCUUUAUUGUAUUACCAUGCCGUUUACCCACAACCCCCUUACCCUACGACCAACCCUUACCUGCAGAUACCAUAUACAGUUCCCUGCUUUUGGAAUGAAGGACACUGAGUGACUAUUCAGAGACAUUGCAUAAGAGA